CUAUGUUUGGAUUGUUAGCGCCGAUUCGCUUCUUUGGCUAUCGACUCAGUUCUGAUUUGUUUUCCGAUUAUUUGGUGCUUGAAAUGUGUUUGUGAUUAGGGAAUUUACCGUUUUGGCUUGUUAUAUGCGUGACGAUGCUUGUGCUAAGAUUUGCCUGAAGAUGCCGUACGUCAAAUCAUCCUGAAGAGUUUUUUUCACUCGAUUGCUAUGAGCAAGUUGUGGAGACAUGGAUUCCACUGGCGGUCAAAGUCUCUACCCGUUGCAUCGUUGCAAGACUCUUCACCUGGUAAGGCAUGCCCAAGGGAUUCACAACGUGGAAGGGGAGAAAAACCAUGAUGCAUACUUAUCUUAUGAUUUUUUUGAUGCACAACUAUCUCCUCUUGGCUGGAAGCAGCUUCAUAAUCUGCGCAAGCAUGUUCAAGCAUGUGGGAUUUCCAAAAGCAUCGACCUAGUCAUUGUUUCCCCAUUGUUAAGGACCAUGCAAACAGCAGUUGGAGUCUUUGGUGGUGAAGCUGAAGCAUACACAGAUGGGGUAAAUGUACCUCCUCUAAUGGUUGCAAAUACAGGGAACAGUGGCCAUCCUGCAAUUUCAAGUCUAAAUCGCCCACCGUUUGUAGCCGUAGAGCUUUGCCGUGAACGUUUGGGAGUUCAUCCAUGUGAUAAGAGGCAAAGCAUUAGGGAAUAUCGCCCACUUUUUCCUGCAAUUGAUUUUUCACUGGUGGAAAAUGAUGAUGACAUUUUGUGGAAGCCUAACAUUAGAGAGACGGAUGAGGAAGUUGCUGAUAGGGGACAGAAGUUUUUGAAAUGGUUGUGGACUCGUGAAGAGAAGGAGAUUGCAAUUGUGACCCACAGUGGAUUCUUGUUUCAUACCCUAAGCUCUUUUGGAAAUGAUUGUCAUCCAAUUGUUAAGAGUGAAAUAUGCGCAAAUUUUGCCAAUUGUGAGCUCCGUUCAAUGGUCUUCAUAGAUAGGAGUAUGAUGGGGUCAGCUUCCUCGAUGACUAACUAUCCUGGAAAAAUACCUCAUGGACUUGAUCUUCCCAAUGAUGUUGCCACUGAGAAGCUUGCAGAGGCUUGAUCGUAGUUGAAUAGACCUAGAAACCGAGCUAAAGUUAAAGGCUUGGUGAAGAUAUCUACAAGUUGAUCCUUAUUAGAGACAAAUGAAACUUUAAGAGAUUUAACUGUCACACGAUCUAUAACAAAAUGAUAAUCUAACUCAACAUGCUUAGCAAAAUAGGAUUGACAGUUAAGUAAGUAGCACCCAAAUUGUCACACCACAAAAUUGGUAGAUCUCUAAGAAAGAUGCCUAGUUCUUUUAAGAGAGAUUGUAGCCAAAGAAGUUCACAAGUAGUGUUAACUACUGCCUUGUAUUUGGCUUCAGUAGAA